UUAUUGAUUUCUGACGCCGCCAACCUGAAGUUCAUCGUUAUCAUCUUGGCCGCCGGGAUGGUGGCCUUCGUUGGAGCAGUCAUCUGCAUCAUCGCCGCGGUCCAUACCGGAUCCGCUGCCAAAUCGCCCCAGCAGCCUGUGGUAGACAACCAGUCGCAUUCACCAGACGCUGGAGUGCAGCAGACUUUCCCCGGGGGCUCCGUGGCGCGAGCGGGUCCACUGGGCGCUCUCCAUGGUUCUGAAACGCAGGACGGAGAAGCGCCCACCUUCUUCCACGUCCCCAGCGGCUCAGACGGCAUUGGUGGAACUAGGCAGGUUAGCCGACUUAUCUGCACCCCAGUCCCCGCCGGAGAAUGCAACCCCAAAAACUUUCAGCAACAAGCCGACAACCCGUCGCUGUUCGCCGGUGAGGACUGGGGAUACCUCCGUACCACGGCAGAGGAACUCAAACAGACAGUUCUCCAGCAGAAGGACCAGAUUAUCACCGACCAGCGGACCAUUAGGGAUCUGUCAGGCAAGCUUUCGGAGUGUGAGAGCGGAAUAGAGGGGCGUAGAGGCCCGGAGAGUAGCGCGGGGCUCUGGGGAGGUAAGAGGGUAGAUGAGGGCCGGCUCAUGGUCCGGGACAGUGCUCCGUCGUCGUCUGUGGCACAGCUGCUCACCGCUCAGGCUGUAGAUGAGCUGGAACAGGCUAUCGUUCAGAUGAAAGACCGCAUAGAGAAACUGGAGUCAGAUAUCGGACCGCUGGCGUUCCCUCACAACCACACGGAUGCAGCAACUGCGGUGACUUCAAGAGGGGCAGGUGGUGGUGGGCUCUCUGAGGCCCCUGAUGGUUGGGGUGAGGCAGGGCCAGUGGGGCAGGCCGGGGCAGGGGAUGGACCAGAGCAGUGGCCACGGGUGGAGGAUCUGGAGGGAGAGCUUGAGAGGAAGCUGGAACUCCUGGAGAAGGAGAGGAAGGCCCUGCGAAAGGAAUCCCAAAGACACAGGCAGGAGAUUGACCAGGGGAUCAACUCCCUACACCACCGCAUUGCUGGCCUGGAGGAGGGACUCUCAGAGUACACCUACCCCGAGGGCUACAAGCUGUCCUUCCCAACGCGUACCAACUAUAUGUACGCAGUGGUACAGCACCCCAUCCCUGAGCUGCGUGCCUUCACCGUGUGCCUCUGGCUGAGACCCGCCGAGGGGGGCAUCGGCACCCCUUUCUCCUACGCUGUGGCGGAGCAGCCCAACGAGCUAGUUCUGCUGCAGGGCAUGCACACCCCUGUGGAGCUGCUCAUUAACGACAAGGCGGCGGAGUUACCUCUGAACCUGUCCCGGGGCAGCUGGCACCACAUCUGUGUAAGCUGGAGCCAGAGAGGCGGGGCGUGGCAGGCCUACCAGGGGGGCAAGCUGAGAGGAGAGGGGCAGGGCCUGGCAGCCUGGCACCACAUCAGGCCUGGGGGAGUCCUCAUCCUGGGGCAGGAACAGGAUACUCUGGGCGGACGUUUCGACUCGUCCCAGGCCCUGGUGGGGGAGCUAUCCCAGUGGAACGUAUGGGAGCGGGUCCUGACCCCCAGCGAGGUGUCCAGCCUGGCCCACUGCAGCCAGCACAGCCCCCAGCCAAAGGGUAAUGUGGCCCCCUGGACCAACCGGGAAGUAGAGGUGUUCGGAGGAGCCAUCAAGGUGCCCAAGGAGCCCUGCGCUGCCAAACGCAUCAACACCCCACUGUGAGGGGAAGGAAGCCAGGGACCUUAUUCACAAACCAUCUCAGAGUAGGACUAGUGAUCGGGGAACAAUCAAUACAGUUACAUAUUGCAAUACUAUUUUGGACAAUAUUAUAGCGCUACUUUUUGUUAAUGUUGCUAGGUAGCGUUAGCUAGCGCUAGUCAGCUAUGCCUGCGCCAAAAAUCCGUUUUUGUUGUUGCUCUCCAUCUUCUUUUUAAAUAGAGGCAACAUGUUUUCAAUGCUUUUACUUCCAUGACUGAUCAAAACUCAUUUUCUCAUGCUCUCCUGUCUCUCUGCAGCAGACGUAUAGAGAGCAAUAGCUUUGGAACAUCAAAUUGCAAUAAAAUCGCAGUAUCGAAUCAAAAUACAUAUAGAAUUGUGAGAAUCACAAUACAUAUCGUAUUGUCACCUAAGUAUCGUGAUAAUAGUCGUGAGAUCCCUGGCAAUUCCCAGCCAUAAGUAGGACUGUACAUGUCAUAUUAUACAUGUAAUCUUAUUUAUUAUGAUCUAAUAGGCAAAGCUGAUCUUUCAUCAGCAUUCCUACUUUGAGACUGAGAGCCCUGAGCUGUGUUCAGUAGGGCAAAACAUUGUGGAGGUAACAUAUUUCUAUCUGAACGACUUGUUAUGUAGAACAGCAGGAAUGCCUAACUGACAUGUAGAUUAAGGAAUCAUGGGAGCUCUAUUCAUCACAUUUCUAUCCGCAACGUUCAGUAUAUUGUGCAUUGUGAAUUUGUGAAGUAAAUUGACGGGUGGAGUGAGGGUGAAAGGGAGUAAGGGAAUAGGGGAAUGAAGCACUUUGUUAGAAGUGGGAGUAACACUGGUUUCGUAACUACUCAUAAAGACUAUUUAUCCCUCAAGGGGAAAUGUUGUUUUGCUUUGCACGUUUUAUUUAUCUAUGUUUUACAUCUAUUGUUGGUGAAGUUUAUUCAGAGCUACAGGACAGAGAGUGGGUAGGCUAGGCAUACGUACUUCUACAUUUGAACUGCUGCUUUGGACUUGGUCUGUGGCCAGGCACUAGGCCCUAGGAGCCCAUUUUGUUUUCUUAAUAGGAGCUAAAAAUUUGGGAUCUAUAGCGUUCUCUAUCCUCUGACUUGUGUCUAACUGAAGGGGAUAACUCAAGUGUACAUUAUGAUUUUAUACAACAUUUUAUAUGCAGACAUUAAGAACACACAAUCGUGUCUGUAUAGCAUUGAUUUGUUAAAUCAUUUUUUUUUGUCUCGACUUGUUUCAAAACAGCAUUCUUACGGUCUCUCUAUUCAUAUCCCUUCUCGUUAAUAUUUGUAUAAAUAGUCUGUAUCUUAGUAAUACAGCAUGGCUAAUCAUUCCCUAGGACUAAUAAGAACUACAGAUAUAGAGAUAUUACCUCAUUUAAAUUCAAUAACUGUAUCCAGUAAUGCGAAUGUGUGGCUUGAAUUGAUCCAGAAAAGAUGUCUUAGACUUUGUCAGUGGCAUUACUCAAGCUUAUUGGUUAACUUUGUUGCACAAUAUGGUAUAGCACAAGGUUUGAUACUUUCUAGACCACCAGAAUAGGUAUUGGUACCAAGUUGUACUGAAAUGUAUAAACUGUGUUAUUUAUAUAAUGCUUUUAUAUUCAAUGUAAAAAAGCUAUAGAAAUAACAAUGGGUUUAAAUGUGUCGUUAUACUGCAUACAUGUAUUCAUUUUACGUAUCAGUGCACAUCCAUAUUUAAUUCAAUGUAUGAAAUCCCCUUUGAUCUUCUACACCUUGUGACGUGCGGUGAGGUCUGAGGCCAUUCUACUGAGACUCAUAAAGGCUCAUAAAGCUGGGUUUAUCGGUAUGACACGAUCACAAAGAUGACCAUCAGACAACCACAACCAACCAUCAAACAGCAGCAGAUAGGCGGCGCAACCAUUAGACACGCUUUCACAGGCUUUAAUCGCUUGUGCCCCACGCAACUGCCCUGCGCGAAUAGGCGACUUUCAGCACCACAGACAGCGACCCAAAUCCUAGCGAGUAGGUCUACUUGUAGACAGCGCUACACACACAAAAUGCCUAGUAGUCAGCACUACUGAUUGAGAUAUAUACUUGCACUUCUAUGGUCUAUGUGGUAGACAUGUAAUGUCAUUAGACAUGUAAUGUCAUAAUAGUAGACAGCGCAACUGUUUACCUGUAAACAAAGUACGUUAGUCUAUCCUUCUGGGUAAAGAUGUCAGUGACUGAACUGUAAAACUCCUCCCUGUUGGCCCUCAGUUUUAAAAGUCUCUUGGUCUCAAUGUGAUGGAGAUGAUGGCAAGGGAUGAGAGUCGUGCUUGAUCGCUCUGGUUUUCGACUGUAUGUCUUUAUCCGUUUUCAGUGCAGAAAAUGACUUCCCAAUGGAUGCUGCUGUGGCUGUUAUGGUGAGGAUCAGCUGCAGUAACUUUGUUGCCUUGUGACAGUCUGUGUCAGGUCACGCUGUAACAAAAAGCUGAUGAGCUGUCCAGGUGAUUUGUCUGGUAUCAUUUGUGAACUGUACAAUCCAACAAGAUCAGCCUUAAGUCUAACAAAAGUACUUGGCAUAUUUAGACAGGCUCUUGUUUGCUGGUGUCAAAUUUUUGUGACAUUGUUUCACAUUUUUUGCAGUCCACUAAGCCAAGGAAAUUAAGUUCACCAAAGUGGUCAAGCCUGGCUCUCAUCUGAACAUUGAUAUUGUCCAGUAUGUUGUUGUUGAUUUGCCCCCUCUCUACUCUGAUUGGCUGUUUACUACGAGUUUCGCUUCGUGCCAGGCCCAGAUCAUUGCAUUUCUGCUCGAAUCACUCAUAGAAACGAUCAAAGUUGUGCCGCUGCCAUCCCAGUGCUUUCAUUGUGUCACUGAUCUGGGAAUGGCAGACACCCAUAUCCAUCAAUUUGUUCUGCAGAACACAAGAGCGGAUCAGUUUCCUUGAAAAUCCCAUCUUAGGUCAUGAGCAAAAAGGAAACACGGUGGCGGUCUCUAGAUGGGUUGCUAACUGUUGUGGUGGAAUUAUUGUAAUCAAAAGGAGAGACUUUUAAGAUUUCUUCAAAACAAUCAAACUUUAUUAUUUAAUUAGUGCAAUAAUGGAGCUGGUCGGUAAUCACCCCUGGAGGUGAUCACUGAGAACUCAAUGAGCUUGUAGAGACCAGUGUUUGGCCCCCCCAACUCCAUACUGGAGCCACGUCUCCAUGGUACCGUGUAGAACAGAAACAUUAACUCAUGCUCUGGAAUGCGGUAUCCCCAAAGACAUUUGUAAAUCUUCCAGAGGCCCAUCCUCAGUAGAACACACACAGAUGAGCAUUCUAACAACCCCUUAUUCUGUUGCAUAAAACAACCAUUUGAUGCAAUAACAGAAUUAUAACAUCAUCUUGUAAUUUCCAUCAUACUGUAAAAAAAAAUCAAUAAAGGAAUGUAAUAGUUCCACAUAGUGGCACCUAGGCCUGGCUGAUGUGCUGGCACUCUCAUCGUUGCCGCAAAAUGCCAACUUCAUGUUUACCUAGGUAGCAUGCUGUAACAUUUAUUAGCUAGGGCUUUCAAAAUGUCACGGUUCUCUUUUACCUUUGCAUUGUGCAUGUUGAUGUUCAAUCUCCGUUGUUCAUUCAAUGCCAGAUCUAUCCGCCAGCUGCCAAAUAUCUUAAGCGCUAUCUGGCUUUGGAUGUGAGACAGGUUUCUCAUAGACAAAUUGUUCAAGUCGCAGUAACCGACUCUUGUCCACACGCUGUCGCUGGUGCAGAACAGCAGGCAGGGGAAGCAGUAGAGUCGGCUGCUAGCAUUGCAGCCACAGAGCCAGUCUUUCUGUUGAUACCACUCAGAUUGAAAUGAUCGUGUUCUUUUCUGUCCCUUCUUUAGAUGUAGGUCUCUAAACUCAGGUGUUGGUCUUCACACCGUUUCGCUAGAAAACUAUUUCAGAUGCAAUGUGUUAGCCAUCCUAAUCAGCUUACUUUAGCUAGAAGUAAAAUGAAUAUAACCACCAAAAGGCAGCAGAUAAUGUGUGUGACAUCCAUAGGCAGGGGCGAGCUCUGACUAUCCUCUUGCAAAGUUUAUUGAUAACAUUUCUAUUUAUUUAUUUUUCAUUACUUCUUUUUUCAUUCAUUUCCACACUGCCUACCCUGACCGCACGUCACUGUCGCUGCCCCUGGUUAUGACUUAGUGGCAAGUGCCUGUCUGGGUAUCUUUACCCAUAUUAAAGUAAUGUCUAUUCAUUUCUCUGCUGAAGUUAUGAUUCCAACAUCAUUUUGCCGUCUGAUCAGUGUUUUGCCUGCCUCUGGUCUGUUCGGCUUAUGUCUGCACUUCUAUGGUCUAUGUGAUGUUGUGGCAAACUGUACCGCUUAGAAAAUUAAUAAACCAGAUAUUUUCUCUAUUAACCAAACAAUGUCUUAUAGCCGGUGUUUGGAAAAUUACUCUUUGUAUUACCUGUAUUUUUUAACAGGUUUUUACUUCAUGUGUAGGUCGAUGUUUAGGCAAAUUUGGCAUCUUUGUCUUUUUCCUCUCUUUUCCUGUCAGAGUUGGUAUACUCUAUGUGUGUUUAUGUCCUUGUCUUCACUGGUUUUGAAAUGCACAGCCAGAAAAGCUCAAAUAGCCAAAAGUAAAGUCUAUUUCGAAUGUGA